AUGACGACGAUGAAUCAACAACCAAUCAAAAAGAAGAAGGGCCGUCCUUCUCUAUUGGAUCUUCAGAAACGCGCUCUCCUCCAACAACAACAACAAAACCCUGAUUUUCUCAACCGCCAUCGCCGUCAAUCCACUCGCCGGAACCCUACUCCUCCGCCGUCCGAUUCCCUCGCCGGCGACGACGACGACGAUGAGCGCGCAAAGAAGAAGCAUAAGCCCCUUCUCGGGUUUAGUCCCAAUUCUGCUCCGACAUUGUUGCCGUCUAAUUCGGGUUCUUUCGGCUCCGAUUCGAACGCGGAUGGUGAGGAUCCACAGGCCGCUCUCAAGAUCAGUACCGUCCAUCAUGGAUCUAAUCAUAUGAGCCAGGAGGUUUUGAAAGCGACAGACAGUAGUAGUAUACAUGGGUCGCAGGUGGAGUCUGGUCCCACGACACCUUUGCCAGACAAAAAGUUGUUGGUGUUCAUCCUUGAUAGGCUUCAAAAAAAGGACACUCGUGGAGUGUUCUCUGAGCCUGUGGAUCCAGAAGAGCUUCCUGAUUAUCAUGAAAUCAUUGAGAACCCGAUGGAUUUUGGAACUGUGAGGAUGAAACUAGAUCAGGGAGCUUACUCCAACUUGGAACAGUUUGAGAAAGAUGCGUUUUUGAUAUGUUCAAAUGCAAUGCAGUAUAAUGCACCGGAUACUAUUUACUUCCGACAGGCACGAUCUAUACAAGAACUCGCAAAAAAGGACUUUGACAAUUUGAGGCAAGCCACGGAUGAUUGUGACCCCAAACCAAAACUUGCGAGGAGAGGAAGGCCACCUGGGAAGAGCAUGAAAAAGUCAAUUGAUGGGUCUCCACUUGAUCGUGUAGGUCCUCAAACUACAUCUGAAACAACUCUUGCUUCUGGAGGAGAGAAUCCUAGCUUGUCCAACGCUUACAAUUUAAGAAGACCUGCUUCACACAACAUACGGUCUUCUGAUGUGUUAAACAGGACUCCCAAUGGGUCUUUUAGUGGUGAAACAAGUUGGUUGUCUGGAUGGGAGAAUGAAUUUCCAACUUCGGUAUUGAGAAGUGUGCAAAAGUAUGGGAUGAAACAGUUUACCGUAGAUGAGAAUAGACGUGACACUUAUGCCCAAGCUCUGGGUUCUGGGAAUGAACCAUCUAUGUUCACUGGUCUUGAAGGAGAGUGGAAGCAACUUGUGGCGGUAGGUGUACACUUUGAGCAUGGUUAUGCAAGGAGUCUAGCUCGAUUUGCUGCAAAUCUUGGACCUGUUGCUUGGAAGGUUGCUUCAAAAAAAAUUGGCAGUGUUUUGCCUAGUGGACUCAAGUUUGGUCCGGGAUGGAUAGGAGAAAAUGAGUCAUCAACGUUGCAGCAGUUUUCAAUCUGCGAGAGGGGAGAAGAGAAGGUUCAAUGCUACCCUGCAUCUAAUGACCAUACAGACAGACUUCUACCUCAAAGUACAUCAGGCUCAAAUCCCGUUGUUACACAUAGAUUUUCGCAGCAAAGCCGUGAUAACAUGGAAAGUAGGAGAGAAUUGAGUUUCCACAAUGAGUUGGCGUCACUUAACAGCAGUGUUUGUGGGAUAAGACCCGUGCCUCCUUUCCUGGUUCGGCAGAGUUCCGCAAAUCACUCUGGGAAGCCAUGUUCAACCGACACUUCAGUGCCUUCGCAAAUGCUCGGCAUGGUUUCGGAUGGCAACACCAUCAUCCAUCAAAUGCCGAUUAAGGAUAGUGCUUCAAACGAAGCCAAACAGUUGGAAGUUUCAAGUAGAUCAAAAUCUAACAAUGUGCUUGGUGGGGAAGCAUCUUGGCAUGGCCCAUCCAUAUACAAUAAACAGGUUUCUUAUACAUUCCCCUCUGACCUGAACGUCAAACUUGGUGCACCGGGCUCACCCGGUUCCGUUGUUCAAAUCGGUUUGCAACAGCAGCCAGAUUUAGCUUUGCAGCUUUGA